UUGAGUUUACUUGAGUAAAUGCCACGUCUUACCAGUAGCAUCAACGAAGAGAGAAAUAGUAGCAGUUUACCAAACAUACUGCACGCAGAACAGAGAGUCAUCCAGCGGCCCAGCAGGCAGUGAUAUCUGACACAAUCCGGGGGUAAUAUGGGCUGUAUACGUCUGCUGGUACUGACACUGGCCACAUCUGCAGUACUCCUGUUAGUCUCCCAUUCGACCAACGCUCAUAGUCAUUCCCAUGGCGACCAUGGCCACGCCCACUCCCAUGGCCACCAUCACCACCAUGGCCAUUCCCACGAAGCAGACGAUCAUAACGAAGGAGUGAGGAUGUUCCACGGAGCGAGCAAGUGGAGCGCAGAGGCCAACCUCCCUGUAGAGGAAGAGGAACACCACGGGCACGCACACUCACAUGAUCACGGGCACGCACACUCUCAUGAUCACGGGCACGCACACUCUCAUGAUCAUGGGCACGCACACUCUCAUGAUCACGGGCACGCACACUCUCAUGAUCACGGGCACGCACACUCACAUGAUCAUGGGCACGCACACUCACAUGAUCACGGACAUCAGGAGGAUGCCGUCCGGGUGCACAAGGAGGAGAGUGGACAUGGACACGCGCACGGAGGGGAGAGGGUGAAGAGGGAGGCAGAAGGAGAGAAGAGGGACAUAGUGGAGCUGUGGACACAGGCCAUCGGAGCGACCCUGUUGAUCAGCGCUGCUCCUUUCCUCAUCCUGUUUCUGAUCCCAGUUCAGUCCAACAGCGACCAGCACCAGAACCUGCUCAAGGUGCUGCUCAGCUUCGCCUCAGGUGGACUGCUGGGUGACGCCUUCCUGCACCUCAUCCCACACGCUUUGGAGCCCCACUCUCACCAUGGAGGAGAAGAUCAUGGACACUCGCACGCAAAUGAAGAGUCACAUGACCACGGUCACUCCCACGGAGCCGCCCACAGUCACAUGAUGUCAGUGGGUCUGUGGGUUCUCGGUGGGAUCAUCGCCUUCCUGGUUGUAGAGAAGUUUGUGCGGGCGCUGAAGGGAGGGCACGGCCACGGACAUUCCCACGGCCACUCACAUGAUGCUCCCAAGGAAAAGGACAGUGAUGGAGAAGAAGAGAAGGAGAAGAAGAAGAAAGAGGAGAAAGACAGCAAAGACGAGAAGGUGCCAAAGAAAGAGGAGACAAAGGGGACAGAUAUCAAGGUGUCAGGUUACCUGAACCUGGCAGCUGACUUCACACAUAACUUUACCGACGGCCUGGCAAUCGGAGCAUCGUUCCUCGUUAGUCCAGCUGUUGGCGCAGUCACCACCCUCACCAUCCUGCUGCACGAGGUCCCACACGAGAUCGGAGACUUUGCCAUCCUCGUCCAGUCUGGCUGCACCAAAAGAAAGGCCAUGUGUCUACAGCUGGUGACAGCCCUGGGAGCUUUGGCCGGCACAGCUUGCUCCCUCUUGGCUGAGGGCGUGGGCGCUGCGGCGACCGCCUGGAUCUUGCCGUUCACAGCCGGCGGGUUCGUUUACAUCGCCACAGUCACCGUGCUCCCAGAACUGCUGGCGGGCCGCUCCAGUUUCGGCCAGUCUGUAAUGGAGAUUCUGGCCCUGCUGUUCGGAGUCAGUAUGAUGGUGCUGAUCGCCGAGUACGAGUGAGACGCAGCAGUGUGGACACAGAAGGAAGAGGUCAAAAAACGGUUGAAAAAAAAUGCUGGCUUUUAGUAGAGUUCAAGUGGAUUGUUAUUUGUCAGGGGUGUAUUUUGUUUUUUUUUUAUAUUCUGUUUUGGGAAGAACACCACGUACUGAUGGCAAAUGGAUGAUUUUUGUUGUCUUGUGUUUUUUAGCAGCUCACAGUCACAUCCCUGAUUUGUGUUAAUGUCUCUUUUUCGGCUCCAUGGCGGGAGAGACUGAGAGCUAGAAAGAAACGACCUGAUGGAAACGUUUUUUGAGGACUGCUUUGCCGUUCGCUGAGGGCCUCCAUCAGGACAGGAGGUGAAAUCUUCCUGUCCACUGGUCCCAGAAUUCAUUCACCGCUUUCAUCACAGGGAUCAUUCAGCUGCAGUUUUACUGCAGUGCAAACUGACAGCCGGUUUCCUCCAAAAAGUGGCUUGAAGUAGAUUUAUUUUCCAGCCACAACACUAACCUUUUUUAAACCUUUCAGAGUUGGCUCAGUGAAUGAGCAAAGAAAGCAAAGAUCUGUCUCAGUUGUUUUCACUACAGUGACCUGCUCAGUUAUACGUGUUCAAUGUCUGUUUCAUUGGGAGAUGUUGAAUGUUAAUAUUUUUACAUUCCACAAAAUAAAAGUAAAUGUUGUGGCUUGAACAGCUGUACUCAAAUAGCACCAUGUUUACUGUCAAAUCAUUAAAAUCUUUAUAAAAGGAAACGCCGUUUCAACCUUUAA